UUCCAACAUAUAAAUUCACGUCCAUUUUUCAUUCAUAUGUUCAUAUUCAUUCAUUCAUUCAUUCAUAUAAAAAUAAAUAACCGAUAAUAACAAUCCAGCAUUAUUAGUAUUGAAUAAAUAAGAAGAGGAAGAAGCUUCCGUUAGUUGAAUCGUAAUAUAAUAAUCUUUUGAGUACGCGAUUGGAAUUCCUAUUUCUAUUUCUACUUGCAUGCAGAUAUUUUGAUGAAAUACAGGCGGUUAAUUGGCACAGUGUUGAAACAAAUGGCGAAGGAUUUGAAGGUUGAAUCUAAAAGUAACGCAGCCGUGACUUGUGAUACCGAAGCUUUCAGUUUGAAAGAUUUUUGGAUACCCGAUUACAUUCUGUUACGUGGACUAGAAGCUGAGAAGGAUGUGCAUGUUCCUGCUUCUCCUGUGAUAGUGUUCGUCAAUUCAAGAAGCGGUGGCCAACUGGGUGGCGAGCUUUUACAAAGCUACCAAACACUUCUAAACAAGAAUCAGGUUUAUGAUUUGAAUGAAGAGGCUCCUGAUAAAGUGCUAAACCAGCUAUAUCUCAACCUGGAGAAGCUUAAGCAUGAUGGUGAUGACUUGGCUUCUGAAAUCCUGAAGAAAUUGAGAAUUAUAGUUGCAGGUGGGGAUGGAACUGCUGGUUGGAUUCUUGGAGUGAUAUCUGAUAUGAAAUUUGAUCAUCCACCUCCGGUAGCCACAGUGCCACUAGGAACUGGAAACAAUCUCCCGUUUGCAUUUGGUUGGGGGAAGAAAAAUCCUGGUACUGACGUUGAAUCUGUGAAGAUGUUUCUGAAUCAAGUAGGGGAUGCAAAAGAGAUGAAAGUCGAUAGCUGGCAUGUUAUCAUGCGAAUGAAAGUUCCAAAAGGUGACGGUUCUUGUGAUCCCAUAGCACCUUUGGAACUACCACACUCUUUGCAUGCAGUACACCGUGUCUCCCAAUCUGAUGAAUUGGAGAAGCAAGGAUACCACACAUUUCGUGGAGGCUUUUGGAACUACUUUAGCAUGGGAAUGGAUGCUCAAGUGUCAUACGGGUUUCAUACAGAAAGAAAGCUACACCCUGAAAAAUUCAAAAACCAGGUGUCUAACCAGAGUCAAUAUGCAAAACUCACAUGCUCACAAGGAUGGUUUUGGGCUUCACUUUCUCAUCCAUCUUCAUGGAACAUAGCACAACUGGCAAAGGUCAGUAUCAUGAAAAAGCCUGGUCAAUGGGAAGACCUCACCAUACCUCCAACCAUCAGGUCAAUCAUUUGCCUCAACUUGCCAAGUUUUUCUGGUGGACUCAAUCCUUGGGGCAUACCAAGCAAACGAAGACAGAAAGAAUGGACCCCACCUUACGUUGACGAUGGAUUUCUCGAGGUUGUUGGAUUCCGAAAUGCUUGGCAUGGUGCUGUUUUAUACGCUCCAAGUGGACAUGGGACUCGUCUUGCACAGGCGAGAGGAAUCCGUUUUGAAUUCCAUAAGGCUGCAGCCGACCAUACAUUCAUGAGGAUGGACGGGGAGCCAUGGAAACAACCUCUGCCCAAAAAGGAUGAUACUGUUGUUAUCGAGAUAUCUCGUUUUGGUCAAGUGAGCAUGUUAGCUGCUGGAAACCACCCAUCCAAAAGUGUAACUGAUCCAAUUACCCCUCGCACUCCAAAAGAUGGGGAGUAUAAUAGUGAUGAAGAAGAGGUUGAAGAAAUGUUUGAAGAAAGAAAAAAAUUUGGUGCUGCAAAUAGUUUUCAAUUACCAGAAGACUUCAACAUAUCUCAAGUGAGUUAGUAAUGCAGCCUGCUUCUUCUCGUAACUUUUUGGUAUGAAAUUUGUUCAUUCUUUGGGCCCGGUGUUUAACAUACGGCUAUACGGAUCAUAUGACCUUGAAUCGAAUUGGUGGACCCUGACUAGUGAUGUAAAUUGUUAGUGAAACUUGAUUUAGCAAUUAAUGAAAGAUGACCGCGGCUGCUGGUAGCUAUGCCGAAUUUAGAUUUGUCUUUUUUUUAGUUACGUUUUACUUGUACAUCCACUGUGAAUAACAUUUUGUUUCAAUUUAGACUUAAAUCGGUCAGGUUUUA